AUGUGCCCCCUCCUCUCCAAUAACCGAGAAAAGCGCGGACUAGCUUUGGACGGGAAGUUGAAAAAUGAGGACACCAAUUUGGCCUCUUCGACCAUAAUUGUCGAUCCUACCCAGAAGGAGAACCUAGGAAUCAUUGUUCAAUAUCGCGUCCGGGUGCGACUGGUUUUGGGCUUCGGUGCAAGCGACGUGUCUGUGGAGUUGCCUUUCACUCUGGCUCACCCAAAGCCGCCGCCGGAGGAGGAGGAGGACGAGCCGGAUGAAGGGUCCCAGCACCGUGCAGCGGUGGAAGAGGUCGUACUUGCCACUGGCUCUCCUACCAACGGUGACUCCGUGCUCACUUCUGCCAAUGAUCCACACGACAAAAAUGGCCCUAGGGUUUCGGGGGGCGAUUUUAUCAGCCUCGCGGAACCUCCUCCAAGCCAGUCCAACGUCGUAUUGGAGGAUCGACCUAGCGACGACCUGAUAUUUGAGGAUUUUGCCCGUCUGCGACUGCGUGGCCAGGACUCCAUAGCAGGCACAGGUGAUGAAUCGAUUGCGUCGACCUCGUUCCCUGUUUCGACGACGCUGUCCGCCAUCACCCCUACAACGGGCAGCAGCCACCUUCCUACCAGCACCGUCAACACCACCACCAACACACUCCCCUGCUGA